AUGCCUCAAACCGCCGACAACCUCCUCAGCGACCCGGAAAUCGCCAAUGCGUACGAAGACGUCCGUGAGGACAAAUCAGCCACAACAUGGAUGGUGCUCAAAUACAUUUCGGGCACUUCUGAUGCAUUGAAGUUGGAUUCCACGGGUCAAGGCGAUAUCGCCGAGAUGGUGGAGCAUCUGGGGGACGAUGAGGCUGCUUAUGCUUUUGUGAGAAUGACGGUGGGAAACGAUGAGUUGUCGCAAAGAGUCAAGUUUGUGUUUGUUUCCUGGUGCGGUCCCAACACAAGAGUGAUGCGCCGAGCAAAGAUGACGACUCAAAUUGGUCAGGUCAAGCAAGUCCUGCGAAGCUACGCGAUCGAAAUCCAGACCGACAGCAAGACCGAUCUGAAGGAAUCAGAGGUCACCAUGAAGUUGAGAAAAGCCAUGGGUGCCAACUACGACCGUCAAGCAUCGGGUUACUAA